GGUUUUGGUCAUUCGGAAUCUAUUGGGUGAUGGCACGACGCAUAUCCCUAGAUUCGUUCCGCAAAACGGGUCGCUCCGCCGGUUCGGGUCUCCCUGCCGGUAGUGUACUUCCAGCUUGCCCGCGUGGUUAACAGUUAACACGACUGCUGGUGGUUUCUGUUCGAUCUCCCGUAAUCCGUAUGCUUGCGCCAUCGAUCCUUUUCCCCUCCAACCCAAUUGUGAUCGAAACCAGCUGGAUCAAAGAGUACUUGAGUUGAAUUAUUACUCCAUAAGAUUUCAAAAUUAUGGAUUCAGGCAGACACACUGUAGAAGUAACUAGCUUGUCUCCUAAAGCAACAGAGAAGGAUGUUUAUGAUUUUUUCUCUUUCUCUGGUGCAAUUGAACAUGUUGAAAUUGUCAGAUCUGGUGAAUUUGUCUGCACUGCCUACGUGACAUUCAAAGAUGCGUAUUCUGUGGAAACUGCUGUCUUGCUUAGUGGGGCUUCAAUUCUGGAUCAACGUGUAUGUAUAACACGAUGGGGGCAGUAUGAGGAUGAAUUUGAUAUUUGGAAUUGGACUUCAUGGAAAAUUGAGAAUGAUACUAGUUCAACUCAGCCCUCUCAAGGAAGCCUAUCUGUUCCCAGUGCCACAGAAGCUGCAGCUAUGGCUCAAGACGUAGUCAAAACCAUGCUAGCAAAGGGGUACAUACUGGGCAAAGAUGCAUUAAGCAAAGCCAAGGCUUUUGAUGAAUCUCUUCAAGUCUCUGCAACUGCAGCAGCCAAGGUUGCUGAACUCAGCCAGAGAAUUGGCCUUACUGAUAGGGUCUGUGCAGGGGUGGAAGCCGUUAGAUCUGUAGACGAGAAGUACCAUGUCUCAGGGACAACAAAAUUAGCAGUGUUUGCUACAGGGAGAACAGCGGCAGCUGCUGCAAACACUGUGGUAAGCAGUAGCUACUUUUCUAAGGGAGCUCUUUGGAUGUCGGAUGCCUUAACUAGAGCAGCCAAAGUUGCAGCUGAUAUGGGCAGUCCUGGUGUUAACAAAUGAGGCUUUGUAUCAAAAUUUGUAUAGACUUGCAUGCCAGAGACAGCAUGCAGCCGCCAUAGUGCCAUUGUAUAUAGUAUAUACUAUAAUUCUCCUGCAAAUGGUGAUAAUAAUAUUCAGUAAUGAGCAAAGCUGUAAAAUAUCAAUCCAAAUCUUAGAAUCUUAGAGAGGGACCCCCCUCCCUAUCAAGUCAGGUGUAAUUCCAGAGAGGGGAGAAGGAUCUUGUUUGGUUUUCUUUUUAUAUGUAUGGUAACCUGCAUAUGUCUAGAGUGGUUCACUUGCUUGUCUUUUGAUAUAUGUUCUUGGUCUAUGCCCAAACCCAUAGCCAAUUUUAAAGAAGAUUGAUGAUAUUUCAUAUUGUCGGUGA